AUGGAGCUGGAGCCCGAGCUGCUGCUGCAGGAGGCCCGCGAGAGCGUGGAGGCGGCGCAGAGCUACCGCCGGGAGCUGAGCCAAAGGCUGCAGGGGCUGCGGGAGGCGCGGAGGCAGAUCAAGGAGAGUGCAUCCCAGACAAGAGAUGUCCUCAAACAGCAUUUUAAUGAUUUAAAGGGAACGCUUGCAAAGCUCCUGGAUGAGCGGUUGGUGACCCUCUUGCAAGAGGUGGACACCAUUGAGCAGGAGACCAUCAAACCACUAGAUGACUGCCAGAAGCUGAUAGAACACGGAGUUAACACCGCAGAGGACUUAGUCCAAGAAGGUGAGCUCGCCAUUCAGGGAGGUGUAGGAGAACAGAAUGAAAAGCUCUGGAGCUUUACCAAGAAAGCCUCGCACAUCCAGCUGGACAGCCUACCAGAAGUGCCUUUACUGGUCGAUGUGCCUUGCUUAUCUGCUCAGUUGGAUGACUCAAUUCUUAACAUAGUGAAAGACCACAUUUUUAAACAUGGAACGGUAGCGUCUCGCCCACCGGUACAAAUAGAAGAACUGAUAGAGAAACCUGGAGGCAUCAUCGUACGGUGGUGUAAGGUGGAUGACGACUUUACCGCCCAAGAUUAUAGGCUCCAGUUCCGUAAAUGUUCUUCCAAUCAUUUUGAGGACGUAUAUGUAGGCUCUGAGACGGAAUUCAUUGUACUGCACAUAGACCCCCACGUUGAUUAUCAGUUCAGAGUCUGCGCCCGAGGAGACGGCCGGCAGGAGUGGAGCCCGUGGAGUGUCCCCCAGAUUGGUCAUUCCACGCUGGUCCCGCAUGAGUGGACAGCUGGCUUUGAGGGGUACAGCCUGAGCAGUCGAAGAAACAUCGCGCUUCGCAACGAUGCCGAGUCGUCCGGGGUGCUCUACUCCAGCGCGCCCACUUACUUCUGUGGGCAGACGUUAACAUUCAGAGUUGAAACUGUGGGACAACCAGACAGAAGAGACAGUAUAGGAGUGUGUUCAGAAAAACAGAAUGGAUAUGACUCCCUGCAGCGGGAUCAAGCAGUAUGCAUUAGUACAAAUGGUGCAGUUUUUGUAAAUGGAAAAGAAAUGACUAAUCAGUUGCCCGCAGUUACUUCUGGGUCCACUGUCACAUUUGACAUUGAAGCUGUGACUCUAGGAUCCACCAAUAAUAACGAAGGCGGAAACUUCAAGCUUCGAGUGACUAUUAGCUCAAAUAACAGAGAAGUGGUGUUUGAUUGGUUACUCGAUCAGUCUUGUGGUUCUCUUUACUUUGGAUGCUCAUUUUUCUAUCCUGGGUGGAAAGUGUUGGUGUUCUAG